AUCUCCUCUUCUCAAUCGCCGCGCACCCUUCUUUACAUUUCUUCUGUUCGACAAGAAAUAGAUUCGAUAUUGGCCAUGUCGACAGCGAUCACGGACGUUCCAGCGCCAUUUGUCCUCACGAAUUUGCCAUCGCCCGAGGAAUAUCUCAAACGCAAAGUUGCACUCAUUUCUGGCAUCACUGGUCAGGAUGGUUCCUACUUGACUGAAUUGCUGCUGGAGAAGGGAUAUGAAGUGCACGGCAUCAUCCGCCGCUCGUCGAGCUUCAACACUGGUCGUCUGCAUCACCUUUACGAGGACCAACACGAGCGCCCAACCAAAUUCAAGCUCCACUAUGGCGAUCUUUCCGAUAGUACCAACUUGGUGUACAUCAUCGCCCAGGUCCAGCCGACCGAAAUCUAUAAUCUCGGCGCGCAGUCGCACGUCAAGGUCUCAUUCGAGAUGGCCGAGUACACCGGCGACGUCGACGGGCUCGGCACGCUUCGCCUGCUCGACGCUGUGCGGACGUGCGGACUCGAGCGACACGUGCGCUUCUACCAAGCGUCCACUUCUGAGCUGUACGGGCUCGUGCAGAGCGUCCCGCAGGACGAGAACACGCCGUUCUACCCGCGCUCCCCGUAUGGCGUUGCAAAGCUGUACGCGUUCUGGAUCUGCAAGAACUACAGGGAGGCGUACGGCAUGUACGCAUGCAACGGUAUCCUUUUCAACCACGAGAGCCCGCGUCGUGGCCGCACCUUCGUGACGCGCAAAAUCACGCGCGCCGCGGCAGACAUCAGCCUUGGGAAGCAAGGGUGCCUGUACUUGGGCAACUUGGACGCGCAGCGAGAUUGGGGACAUGCCCGUGAUUAUGUCGAGGGUAUGUGGCGCAUGCUCCAGCAGCCUGCACCCGAAGACUUUGUCCUUGCUACGGGCGAGACGCAUCCUGUGCGCGAAUUUGUCGAAAAGUCGUUUGCCGUGCUCGAUAUUCCCAUCAGAUGGGAGGGCAAAGGCGAACAGGAGGUCGGCAUUAACACCAAGAACGGAAAGGCCGUCGUCAAGGUCGAUCCAGGAUACUUCCGUCCCGCUGAAGUGGAGCUUCUCCUUGGCAAUCCCGCAAAAGCAGAGAAGCAGCUAGGCUGGAAGCGCAAAGUCGACUUUAACUCCCUCAUCAAGGAGAUGGUGGAAGCGGACCUCAAGGCAAGCAAGAGCCUUGUCGAGGACCAGAAUUAGGUUCUGCGCGUGCGCGAGCCCAUUGGAGAAGAUUGUACAAUUUUGUUUACAUUUGUUCAUGGACACGGUACGGCAGCGUCACAGGGGGGAGCGUAAUUGAUUGCAUUGGUUUUUCUUUCUCAUUAUGUGGAAGGCGUGUCAGGAAAUAUACAUGACGCAGGUGUGGCGCAAGAUAACCAAGGUUGGCGGUACGUGUUGAUUGGCACCGAGGCAUCAGUCUUGAUGCGAGGAGCCUUGUGACCUUCUUCAUUGGAAGGUUCGUGCUGAUUGCCCAACCGUUGUGCCUCGGCGUUUCUAGAUCUCAAAUGGGACUUGCAUUGGCACUCACCAUGCAACGUGCGCAACCUGUCAUGAGCCGGUAAUACUAUGUCCAUGAUGCCUAG